GCUGAUUGUUGCGUUGCACGCAAUGUAGGCAAUCACCAUUUCCAAAGAUGCCGACGCUUUUGUGCUUCGUUGUCGGCACGGGGCGUUUUUUCUACGUUCAGAUUACGCCAAGUCAGACCGUGGGGGAUCUCAGAGCCAAGAUCAAGCACGAGAACCCCAACACCAUCACCUGUGACGAGAACGACUUGGACCUCUACUGCGUGGUUGGCCUCGUACGACAGGGCUGGUACCUUCAACACAACGGGAAGCCCAUUGAUAUGACAGAAACGUCCCUGAAAGCGUAUGCCAGCAAGACCAAAAUAUUUGCAACGUCGCGGAUCUCGCUGUGGUUCAACUCGGCGAAAACAUCGCACCGUGGAACAGUUCAUGUUUUGGUUGGGCUUGACGCCAAAGCGAGACGAUGGACCGCCCUCAACGAUGCUCUGGCGCGGCACAGUCUUUUGAAGCCGUUUCAUGGAGUUGAGCUAUCAGCACCGUACUCCACCGUCGAGUGGGGCGUCGUUCGUGCGGUGUUUCGCGAGUGCACGGCAACAACAACAUUUCCGAGAGUUCCUCUUGCACACAGCCGCAUGGAUGCGUUAGCGGCGGGCAUGGAGGUUGUUACCGAUGCGCAUGGCCGUGUGGACGUGGAAUCGAAAGAAGUAACGCGAGUGGUCUUCAUCGACCAGAUAUUUUCCCACGUGGGGCGCAUCGUUGGCGUCCAACUUGAGUCGCAUGGAGAGGUCGAUGGCAAGCGAAUCAAGGUCCACGGGCAGUCUGAUCUCGUUCUUCGUCGCGGCACCCAACGCAUGGAUAUCGUCGAAGCCAAGAAAAACAACAUGGAUCAAGGCAUGUCCCAAUGUUUGCUGGGCUGCGAGGCGCUGGCCGACACCGAAAACUUGGACGUUGUGUAUGGGUUUGUCACCAAUUACUUGAGCUGGCUGAUUUUCAAGCGACAAAACAGUGAAAUCCUCACAAUGGCGGCCACCAUUCAACUCGAUGGCAACAACUAUCCGACACGCGAGUCCCUUCAGCUAGUGGCCGAAACCAUCCAUGGCAUACUCCUUAUGCGUUGAUUCCGAUAAUCACACGUGCCCUUUUUUAAUACUAGCA